AUGCCUGAGGAAGUGCACCAUGGAGAGGAGGAGGUGGAGACCUUUGCCUUCCAGGCAGAGAUUGCCCAAUUUAUGCCACUCAUCAUCAAUACCUUCUAUUCCAACAAGGAAAUUUUUCUCUGGGAGUUGAUCUCAAAUGCUUCUGAUGCCUUGGAUAAGAUUCACUAUGAGAGCUUAACAAAUCCUUCCAAGUUAGAUAGUGGUAAGGAGAUGAAAAUUGACAUCAUCCCCAACCCCCAGGAGCGUACUCUUACUCUAGUGGAUACCGGCAUUGGCAUGACCAAGGCUGAUCUCAGAAAUAAUCUGGGAACCAUUGCCAAGUCUGGCACCAAAGCACUUAUGGAGGCUCUGCAGGCUGAGAAAGUGGUUGUGGUCACAAAGCAUAAUGAUGAUGAACAGUAUGCGUGGGAGUCUUCUGCUGGAGGUUCCUUUACUGUUCGUGCUGACCAUGGGGAUUCCAUUGGUCGGGGUACCAAAGUGAUUCUGCACCUUAAAGAAGACCAGACAGAGUACCUAGAGGAGAGGCGAGUGAAAGAAGUGGUGAAGAAGCACUCACAGUAUGGCUAUCCCAUUACCUUUUAUCUGGAGAAGGAAUGAGAAAAGGAAAUCAGUGAUGAUGAGGCAGAGGAAGAGAAAGGUGAGAAAGAAGAAGAAGAUAAGGAUGAAGAAGAGAAGCCUAAGAUUGAAGAUGUGUGCUCAGAUGAGGAAGAUGAUAGUGAGGAAUAUGGGGAGUUCUAUAAGAGCCUUACAAAUGACUGGGAAGACCACUUGGCAGUGAAGCACUUCUCAGUAGAAGGUCAAUUGGAAUUCAGAGCAUUGCUGUUCAUUGCCCGCCGUGCUCCCUUUGACCUCUUUGAGAAUAAGAAGAAAAAGAACAACAUUAAACUUUAUGUCUGCUGUGUGUUCAUCAUGGACAGCUGUGAUGAGUUAAUACCAGAAUAUCUUAACUUCAUCUGAGGUGUGGUGGACUCCGAGGACCUGCUCCUCAACAUUUCCUGGAAAAUGCUCCAGCAGAGCAAAAUCUUGAAGUAUGUUUCUCGCAUGAAGGAAACCCAGAAGUCCAUUUAUUAUAUCACUGGUGAAAGCAAAGAGCAGGUAGCCAAUUCUGCAUUUGUGCAGCGAGUACGAAAGCGGGGCUUUGAGGUAGUUUAUAUGACUGAGCGUAUUGACGAGUACUGUGUGCAGCAGCUCAAGGAAUUUGAUGGGAAGAGCUUGGUCUCAGUUACCAAGGAAGGCCUAGAGCUCCCAGAGGAUGAAGAGGAGAAAAAGAAAAUGGAAGAGAGCAAGGCCAAGUUUGAGAACCUCUGCAAGCUCAUGAAAGAAAUCUUGGAUAAGAAGGUUGAGAAGGUAACAAUCUCCAAUAGAUUUGUGUCUUCACCCUGUUGCAUUGUGACUAGCACAUAUGGCUGGAUGGCCAAUAUGGAACAGAUCAUGAAAACCCAAGCACUGCGAGACAACUCUACAAUGGGCUACAUGAUGGCCAAAAAGCACCUGGAGAUCAACCCAGAUCACCCCAUUGUGGAGACACUGAGGCAGAAGGCUGAAGCAGACAAGAAUGACAAAGCUGUCAAGGACCUAGUGGUCCUGCUCUUUGAAACUUUGCUCUCUUCUGGCUCCUCCCUUGAGGAUCCCCAGACCCACUCCAACCGCAUCUACUGCAUGAUCAAGCUGGGUUUAGGCAUUGAUGAAGAUGAAGUGACAGCUGAGAAACCCAGUACUGCUGUUCCUGAUGAGAUCCACCCCCUUGAGGGUGAUAAGGAUGCAUCUCGCAUGUAAGACGUAGAUUAG